AUAACUUUAUUCAUCUGUGACGCUGAUGUAUUAACUUUGUUGCCUAUGUUGUCAACACUAAGAGGACAAACAAACUAUAAGUUUUAAACUGAAGCAUGCUACUGUCUAAACAGUUUUCUUAAUUUGAUUAUUCUGGUAGUCUUCCGUUUCUUUGUUGACAUGUUUUUACUGCAAUUGGUUGUAUCUGUUGUCUUCUUGUUGAGUGUCAGUGAAGUUAUUAGUCAAUGUCCACCUUCCUCAGGUAUCUACCUGAGGCAUGAUGGAAACUGUUAUACUAAUGGAUCAUAUUUUUUUGAUAAUGACAUUAAAGGAGAGAGUAACAGUAUCCAGUGUGUGUUACCUGAUACUGCUCUGAAUGAUGGAAAGUGGGUUAAUUCUAGUGGAUCAUCAGUUGACUGCAGUACUGAUCCUCUUCGUUGUAAUAAUGAGGUAUCUUCACCUAAUGCUACUAUCAGUCUUUACAUACCUACUGGACAAGGCAUAUCACCAUCUGAUGAUGGCUGGUACAAAUGCUGUCUACCCACUAAUUGUUCAGAUCCUAACACUAACAUCAUCUUUGCUAAUAUAUUCAGAUGGGUACAGAUUGAAACCAUCACAGUUGACCUUCCUUCAAAUAAAACAGUUCUACCUCAAACAUACACACUACAUGCUAUUAAAAUUGGUAGUAACGAUCACGAUCCUUUUUUACAUAAUGCCAGUUGGUACUAUGAGUCUGGUAGCAGUAGUACUGAACUUUGCACUGGAUAUAGGGCCUCAUACAAUUGUACAUUCAUGUAUGGUAAUGGAACGUCAGUGAAUUAUGGUAAUGGAAGGUGGGACUAUACUCUAACUGUUACUUGGAAUGGAGAAAAUAUUACUAGUGGAGUACUGAGUCAAUCAAACAACAAUGGGGAUCAUGUAUUUAGAUUCUAUUUGUUUUUUGGUCAUAUCAAUCACAACCCAGUAGCAAGAAAUAGAGGCAUUUUUGUAACAGUACCAGCAACUGCUCCCUCUUCUUUUAUUGAGUGGUCCUCCAAAUAA